AUGCACACUUACAAGCCGAUGCGGAAGCAGCAGCAGACACGGCCACAUGGGCUCUUCGUCUCGACUCUUUGCGUGGCCAUCAUGCAAGACGAGACGACUGGUGAUAACGACGUGGCGGUGUAUGCUGAAGCCCUGAAGACUGUGCGUCUGUAUGGUCUGGCAGCGCCUCCACAGACCGCCGAUAAGAGUCAGCCUGACCACUCCCAGCUGAACCUCUCGACUUCUCCCUGA